AUGGUGGCGGCAUCCAAUGUUUAUCUUAGUCUUAGGAAAAAGCAAAAGGAUAGGAAUAAAGGAAAAGUAAUAAAAGUUUCUAGUGCUGAAAAUUCUGUUUUAAGUGAUAAUGAUUCUCCUCAUGAUGAUUGCAAUGAUUUAUCUUAUGUCGCUUUUCUCGAAAAAGGUCCUCAUAUUGUUACUUUAUCUGACUCUGAUAUUUCAGUUAAUGAAGACAAUGAAGUUUGUGAUGAACAUGUACAAGAGGAUGAAAAGGAUAAUGAAAGAUUGAAGAAGAUGGUCGAAGAAACCAUUGAAGUCAAACAGGCUAUCAAAAAGUUAACAAAGGAAAUUAUCCAAGCAAAAGGGGAGAAUGAAGAUCUAAGAAAACAUAUUAAUGAGGGAAAAAGAAAAGCUUUUGAAAGCAAUUCAGUCAUCACUGAGCUUAAUGAUAAGAUUAUUAUUCUUGAAGAGAAGGACUUCGGAGAUGUUAUAGCAAGAGAUGUGCAUCCACAGACAUAGAUGUAGUUAGGAUUAUAAUUUUUGUUAAAGCUAUGUAGUCAUGGUCAUGGAUGCCUUACUUUUGUAAUCGAACUCUUUGGGAAUUAUAUGUAAUGAGCAUGUAUGACUUGAUCUUCA